CUUUACAGUCUUUAAAUGCCUGAAACUCUUCCCACACUCUGAGCAAUAAUGUGGUUUUACUCCUGUGCGAGUGCGCUGGUGGAUUUUAAGUGUAGCCCUGGUGCAGCGUUUCCCGUUUUUUUGCGAAUCAGGCAGGUAUAUGGGCACCCUGGGGUCCGUAUCAGUAGCAUUGUGGUGUGGCUAAGCUAGGCACAACAGCGUUUGGUGGCCGCGGUUGCAGCAUCGGGCUGGCUUGAUUAAGAGACCGUGGUUUUAAGUGAGGGAUCGGCACAAACGAGGUGCCUCGGUUACUGGUGGUGUCGCGUUGGGAGCUGAGCUGAGCUGAGCUGAGCCGAGCCGAGCCGAGCCGAGCCGAGCCGUCGCUGUCCGCUUCACCAUAAACGUCUCGCCCCCGCUUGACGCUGGUUGCUGAUUUAAGCGCAGAAAUUUAAGAUGCCCUGUAUGAAGUCUUCUCCUACACUUUCUUACUCAGCUUAAAUUCCACCAAGAAGAAAGUUAAGCCGCUGAAACUGGUGAGAUAUAUAAUAAUAUGGCAUCCAAAAGACGUUCUGGGACUCAGGGGGCAUCAUCUGGUACCCUCCACAUGAACACGUCUCACAGACAAGCACAGAAAAACAGCAAAAAGAGAAAUCACUACUGCUUGGAGUGUGGAAAGAGUUUUACUGAACUGUGUGCUCUCAAAACACACCAGCGCAUCCACACAGGGGAGAAGCCGUAUCACUGCUCAGUGUGUGGAAAGAAUUUUACUGUACAGAGUAAUCUCAAAACACACCAGCGCACUCACACAGGAGAGAAGCCAUAUUACUGCACAGAGUGUGGGAAGAGUUUUAAUGAGAAGAGGACUCUCCAACAUCACCAGCGCAUCCACACAGGAGAGAGGCCGUAUCACUGCUCAGAGUGUGGGAAGAGCUUUACUGUGCAGAGUAAUCUUAAAAUACACCAGCGCAUCCACACAGGAGAGAAACCGUAUCACUGCUCAGAGUGUGGGAAGAGUUUUACUAUACGGGGUAAUCUCAAAAUACACCAGCGCAUCCACACAGGAGAGAAGCCGUAUCACUGCUCAGAGUGUGGGAAAAGAUUUACUGUACAGAGUGCUCUCCAAACACACCAGCGAAUCCACACAGGAGAGAAACCAUAUUACUGCUCAGAGUGUAGACAGAGUUUUUGUCAACAGAGUGCUUUCAUAAAGCACCAGCGCAUCCACACAGGACAGAAACCGUAUCACUGCUCCUAGUGUGGACAGAGUUUUACUUAACAAAGUAAACUCAAACUACACCAGCACAUUCACACAAGAGAAAAACCGUAUCACUGUUCAGAGUGUGGACAGAGUUUCAAACAUUUUAAUACUGUAAAGACCCACAAGUGUACUAAGGGCAGUUUUAGAAAUGACCAGUAAUGGCCAGUAACCGUAACACAACACCAUUACCAUAGCACAUCUCAAGAAUUAGUGGUAGUGGUUGGUGUAGUGUAGUGGUUAACACCUUAAGCACCCUACACUAUACCAAUAAGAGUCCUUGGGCAAGAGUCCUAACACCACCUUCGCCUGCUUGUGUAAAAUGAUCAAAUUGUAAGUCGCUCUGGAGAAGAGCGUCAGGCCAAAUGUUGUAAAUGUAAUUAAAGUCGGCAGGAAACGGUGGUUUCAGGCCUAACUUCAAGCUGUUUAUACUGAAAACCACCUACUGGUGUUUUACACUUUUUUUACAACAUAAAGCAUAAAAUGAAAUGUAAUUUUGUGCUGAACACCAAGUCAAGCCUAAGGUUUGUACACCCAAUGGGAAGGUGUGAUACUGCAUGUUCUCUCCCAGAUGACUUUCAUUUGUAUUACAUAUGCAUAACAAAUGAGAAGCCCCACAUUGAGUAAUAAGAGGAUUUUACUUUCUAAUUUAGCAGAUCUAAGCUAGUAUAGUGUUUCUGAUGCGAUGGUGGAUGUUCUCACAAACAUUUGACAGUGAGCCUAGCUCUAUAUCCCCCUCUCUCUCUCUCUCUCUCUCUCUCUCUCUCUCUCUCUCUCUCUCUCUCUCUCUCUCUCUCUCUCUCUCUCUCUCUCUCUCUCAGCCUAUUUAUUUCUUUAAUCUUUUUCAGCUUUUAAAACAAAUCGGCUUCUACGUCAAGUCCCUUUUGUUUAAGUCAAGUCAUGAUAUGAUUGAAACCUCUUAAAUUAAUAUUAACUCAGAACUAACCCUAAACACAAGAACCCUUUAUGUUCAAGAAUCAUGCCAAUGCCAUGGUCCAAUGCAGAGAAAUGUUUUUUAUAAAAGACUCUUUCAGACGACUUGUAUUUUGGUUAAAUAUCAAUUAUUCUGCACGAAGAGUUUCUGUGUCAUUUGUCCUAAUUUUUGCUCUAAAUCUGAAAUUGCCAUAAGCUUAACUUAGAUAUAGUUUGUCUCAUACUGUUUUACUUUUACUGUUUUACAACUUUUAAAGUCUAAAAAAUUGUUUGCUAUUAGUGGUAAGGAGGAGGUUGCAAUUCUGUCCCUCAAGUUGUUUUCUUUCAGCAUUGAUAGUGUAAUAUUAAUAAUUCUUUUGUUUUAAAAGGUGUAUUUGUUAAUGUAAGUGAAAUGUAUUUGGUUAAAGAAUUAUAUAGACUUGUAAUGUGAUUGUCAGAUUGUGUAUCAUAAUGGAUUUCCAUCUAUUAUGCUUAUGCAGACUAGAUUCAGGAUCAAAGGAAAAGAAUUAUAUUCAGUUGAUUUGUGGUGAAUUAGAAGCUUUUUUUUUUUUCUUUUUUUUUUCCCCCCAAAUGGCUUAUUCUUUAAACUUGUAUGCUCAAACCUAUCAAACCCCUGUCUCCCCCCCAAAAGGAGUGUCUUGCACACAGUAGCAUGUAGGUAACCUCUCCAUGUAGGCCAAGAUUCUUUUAAUUUAUACAACAGAAAAGACACAAACUCUAACAUACUGGGGAGGUCACCACCAGCUAUGCACUUCACCCUCACAAUGACCAGCCCUCAACAUAAAAUGCCCACACAGUAACCUCACUUUCUAACACUGGAUAAAACAAGUAACACAUACACACACCUUUUAAUUAAUAGACAAGUGUUUUUACAGUAUUUUAACAUUUAGUCCAUUUUUUGGAGGGUACGUGCCUCCCAUGUUCCUCUGAACUUCAUUAGCUUCAAAGGGUCAGCAACAGCUCGCUACCAUAUUUUAGUAAACUGAAUUAAAGUAUCCCUCAUAAAUUUCAUUUAUCUAAUUCCUGUAUGUAUAUCAGUCAAAAUCUGUCAUUUAAUGCAUUUUUACCUUGUAAUGCAGUAGUUACUUUUAAAUAAAUAAAUCAUUUAUUGAAGCUA